AUGGAGGACAAUGGGGAGACGGUCAGAGAACAACUACAUUACCCAACAUGCAUCACUGUUCACCUCCCCCAGGCCUUAAGUCAUCUAGCAGGGGGGCGCGUUCAAGCGGAUCACUUUUGUCAAGUCAGUGACCAUCGUUGAUCACUGCCUUUCAAAGUGUGUGUGUUGCAUUAUGGGGAUUAAGAAAAAUCGACUUACGCCUACAUGUCGACUGCAUGAACUUUACAACAAAAUCAUGUGAUCAAAAGGUCAUUAAGUUUUGAAGGCAAGUUUUCACCAAUUUCAUCCUGCAGCCAUUUCCUCCAUUGUGGAAGGCUCUAUUGUCAACCAAUCAUUAGGGUGUUUUUGUUUGACCUACGCGAACGUGACCAAAGACAUGACGGAAACAGGAAGCAACUUUAACGCGAUUCAUGUAUUCAGUGGGUAUACAAAUUAAUGUGAUAUUUGAGGCUCUCAAUAACUGAUUGUACAAUCUACACACAUGAUUUCAGUUUGUGAGGGUGUGAUAUGGGGGUUGUUUAUUUUAACAUUAUAAAGAAAAACUUGUAUGAACAAUGGCAACAUUGCCAUGUUGAUCCGAGCCUUGCGAUUGGAAAACCACAUUAGUGUCCGACUUUCGGCUGUCGCAGAUGCACCUCCCCAGACUUGUCUACAGUCAAUUGCUUUAGCCUUACCACUCAAGCGCGCCCAGGGACUGCAGAGUGGAGGCAAUGGGGACACAGUCAGAGAACUACACUACCCAAAAUGCAUCAUUGUUCACUUCCCCCCAGGCCGUAGCCAUCUAACAGGGAUUGGAGAGUGGAGGGCAAUGGGAGACAGUCCCGUGUGGCUCAGUUGGUAGAGCGUUGCACUUGCAACGGCAGGGUUGUGGGUUCGAUUCCCAUGGGGGACCAGUACGAACAAAUAUGAAAAUGUAUGCACUUACAUAAGCUGGGACCGAGAGAAUGGAAAAACAGCUUCUAUCUCAAGGCCAUCAGACUGUUAAAUAGCCAUCACUAGCACAUUAGAGGCUGCUGCUGCCUAUUGAAAUCACUGACCACUUAAAGAAAUGGAACACUAGUCACUUUAAUAAUGUUUACAUAUCUUGCACUACUCAUCUCAUAUGUAUAUACUGUAUUCUAUAAUAUUCUACUGUAUCUUAGUCCAUGCCACUCUGUCAUUGCUUGUCCAUAAAUGUAUAUAUUCUUAAAUCCCAUUCCUUACUAGUUUUGUGUGUAUUGGGUAUAUGCUGUGAAAUUGUUAGAUAUUACUACACUGUCGGACCUAGAAGCACAAGCAUUUCGCUACACCCGCAAUAACAUCUGCUAAACACGUGUAUGUGACAAAUAAAAUUUGAUUUGAUAAGAGCAUCUGCUAAAUGACUAAAAUGUCAAUGUAAAACUACAAUCCCCAGCAUGCCUAGGUACCAAAACAUUUUUACAUUUUAGUCAUUUAGCAGACGCUCUUAUCCAGAGCGACUUACAGUUAGUGAGUGCAUACAUUUUUCAUACUGGCCCCCCCGUGGGAAACCAACCCACAACCCUGGCGCUGCAAGCGCCAUGUUCUACCAACUGAGCUACAGGGGACUACAAAACCAGCUCCAUUUUGUAUUCUCCAGACUUUAAAACCACCCAGUCUGCAGAAAGAACCGCAUAGAAUGCAAAAUCCAUCACAUCUUCCAAAACAAAGCAAAUGUGUCUGUAAAAUAAAAAAACUUAAAAACAUAGAAAACACAUUUUACUAGGCUGUGUGUGUGAGACUCACCGUGGUGUAAAGAUAAGGUCCCCAGGUCAUAACAGAGUCUGCAGAGAAACAGAGGAGAAGAACGUUUGCGGUUCAUUAGGCACCGAAUGGGACAAAACCCCAAUGAAAAAGGGAGGGACUACCUGGACUUGUCCAAUACAGUGUGCAAUACAAUACUGGAAACUACCCAGGAUUAUACAGUCAGUAGGGAACACACUGGUUAGCUAGCCAGGGGUGGAACCAAGCAGAAGCAAACGGGCUGAAACCGAGAGGGACAUACCUGAACUUCUCCAAUAAAGAAAUGCUUGUUUACGUUACAAAACAGUUUGCUACGGUGUGCACUUAUGAACACACCCCUGGUGACUCUGCAUGAGGGGGGGUGUUAGAACAGUACAACAACCCCCCUCAUGCAUGAAACUGUGGAUGCAAGGUUUUACAAGAGGAGAAAACUGCAGCGGUAGGUAAACCUGUUUGUUCAGUCAGUCAUGUGACCACACAGGGAACAACAGCUGUGUACCAAAUGGCACCCUAUUCCCUUUAGAACACUACUGUUGACCAGGGCCCCAUAGGGAUCUUGUCGUAAGUAGUGCACUAUAUAGGGAAUAGGAUGCAAUUUGGGAUACAGUACCAGUCUUCAGUGAACCUGAAGUGUUUAAGGGUUAGAGAGGGGUUAGAGUAGACUUUUGGUCCAAUAAAAAGUGUUGUAAAGAGUGUUCUGACUUUUAAAGAGCCGUGUACUGAAUGUUUUAUGAGUUUAUGUUCUAACUGGAUGUUCUGAUGUUCUGUGCUCCGAGGUAAAUACUGACCCAGUGGAGAGAUCCAAGAGUCCCCCAGAGCCACUCCAGCAAAGUUACAUUUCACGGUUCCUUUUUCUACAGCCUAUAGAGAGACAUAUGUUAGAAUAGCAGAGCGCCAUGUCAUUACUAGUCAUUAACAUGCCAUUACUAGAAGUCAUAUUACAACUGGUACCAGCACUAAUUUUAUCCCAUUAUUAUUAUUUAUUGUAAUUGCUGUUAAUAUUAUUACCACUAAUAACAUAAUUAUAUUUGACCAUCGUUGUAAUGCGUCUACUUUGACAAUGGAAGGGUUUUACUUUUGUGGUGACGAGAGCCCAUGAAGUGGUGGUGAGGCCAAGACUUACAGUUUUGUAUUUGACGGCGCCCCUUUCAAGGCUAUCACAAGACAAAGGAAACAGCUCUACCUUUACGACUCUGAAUGGCCUGAGGAGGUCAGAGGACAGUCAGUCAGCAGGACGCCUUGUGAUCUGGUUACUGGGGAAACGACCAGCCAGGCUUGAGAGCCAAGAGAUGUGUAUUGAUAGAGAGAAAGUCGGGGACUUUUUCUUCCCAUUUUUCGUAACAAAGAGAAAAUGUCGCCAAUAGCGCAAAAUGAAACACGUUUUCUUAAACACUGUAUUAAACUGAAAGACAUGUUGAUAUAACUUGAAGCAAUGUGAUAUUUCUCUUCUGAUCCUCCUAUGGUCAUAAAAGAAGCAUAACGGGCAUUUUGCUGUAACAUGAAUGUACGCACUACAGGCUAUGUAUUUCAUGUCAGAGAUGAUGAAACGUCUGUACAAGAAAAAUAUGUUGUGGACACUUACGAGGAAAUCUCAGGUUUUAUCCUCAUAUUAACUUUAAUUUUUCGGGGUUCUCAGAAUCAACGGGGCGUUUCCGUGCCACGCUGUCAGAGCUACUAGAGCCCGCCCUCUGAGUAUCCCUAUAGAUUACAGGACCAGCUAACAGACGUCAGAUCAAGUUCCUUCGAGGCGAGGCCACGCCCGUUGAACGAAUGAGCCCACGUUUCUAUCACGCAUCAUUCAUUUGACAUAGACCGACUGGGAGGGACUACCCAUCUUACGUCUUGUAGUGUUAUUCUAGUGACAGCAUAGUGACUAAUAUAUAUAUAUAUAUAUCUCUUAACAUAUGCUAUUGUAUGGUACGUAUUGGGGCGGCGGGUAGCUUAGUGGUUAAGAGCGUUGUGCCAGUAACCGAAAGGUAGCUGGUUCUAAUCCCCGAGCCGACUAGGUGAAACAUCUGUCGAUGUGCCCUUGAGCAAGGCACUUAACCCUAAUUGCUCCUGUAAGUCGCUCUGGAUAAGUGCGUCUGCUAAAUGACUAAAAUGUAAUGUAAAUGUAUUGUAGUGAUUACUUCAUCCUAGUCAUGUUUUAGCUCUGUAAUUCAUCUCUGCUGCAUCUGUUAUCUUCAUGUCUUACAUACUAGUUCUUCAUGUGUUUCAUGCUGCAACUUAAUGCUGUGGUGAAUGCUCGCACAUUCAGGUGUUAGCUGAGAUCUUUGCUUUUUAUCUGCACACAGUAUUGCAUUAUGGGAUGGCUGCCGAUAUUUCUUUUAUGGGAGCACGUGCAUGCUUAGGCUCUGUAUUCAUCACCUUGUGCUAAUUCAUACUGUUAUGUCUGUAUCAUCUGCACAUAGUCGUUAUGGCAUUAUUACCAAGAGCACGGUGAGGUCGUGGUGACAGAGGCCAACACUAGCACCCCUUCCACAGCAUCUGCUGGAGCGUCGCAGUACGAUUGCCGACUGGUUCAUAUUACCCAGCUAAUGAUAACUACUGAUAUAAUUAAUUCAAGGAUCUCCAAUCCAACCCUUAAAUGGUAUCAGAUUAAUUUGGAUAGGAUAACAAAUUAAUAAAAAUCAGAUCAAUUAAUUAUUACAGUAAAUAAAAUCAGUAAAAUCUUGAAUAUCCCAAGCCAAAAGUCAUAACACUUCAAAUGUCAAUAAAGUAUAUUGAAUUGAGAGAGACAGAAACAGCCAAAAAGACACAGGAACCCAUGGUGACCAGUGCUGACCAGUGUGGGUAGAGAUUUGAGGAAGUAGGCCCCAACUUAGCACGAGUCAUUAGUUCCUGUCUACGUCAUGCAUUGCUCAACACACGACAGUGAACCUUAAGUCUUUCGUUUUGAAAACCCUGUUCCAUUACCGAGUCAGACACCAUUGAUCUACCAGUUUUUCCAUGCAUGGUUCCUAUUCACUUACAUACCAAAGUACUAGAACUGGAAAAGGUUUCCCACAGCAGAGACAGGACAGUAGGUUUGUACCCUAUUCCCAUGACAGUGCACUACUUUUGACCAGGGCCCGUAUACACUAUAUAGUGAGAACAGGAUGCCAUUGGGGACGUAAUUUGUGCCUACCUUAGUGAGUUCCAGUGAGAUCACAGCAGCCAUCUUCCCUCCAUAGGACUCAGAGAAUAUGUAGAAGGGCACACUCUAGAGAAGACAAAAUUAAAAAAAUGUUUUAAAUGCAUUGAGAAGUUUGAGCCAUAGGUGCCGUGUUCCAAUACUUUUAAAUACAUCCUUCCUUCCUUCCCUCCCUCCCUCCCUAAAGGAGACUCCUGGGGUGCGUUCAGUUUGGUUAAACAUUUGUGUGAUGGUUUGUACCGAAUGACAAGUUUACCCAAAACGGAGCGCACUGCUCUUCAACAGCCUUUGAGGUACGUUUUCUCCCGUUUGGUGGGUGUGGCCUGAUCAAUAUGGGUGUGACCAUUUGAAAUCACAAAACUUGUGCAGCAUACACAGCGGUUAAAGCAAGAGAAAAAAAAUGUUUUUCGCAUGACUAUAAUUUAAAGGGCGACUGCACUUCCUGAUUCAGCCUCGUUUUAAAAUUCGGUUCUUUAAGAAAUGCUAGCAGCCAUGACUGAAUUCAAACGCGAAUUGGUUUCAGGGUGUGGUUUGAUGCGGGUGUCGUGCGUGUUCGCUGGUGGAAAGAGUUAGACAAAUUAUUUGGCCAAUGUGAGGCAAAGUUGGUUUGACAGGGUUCGUACAGACAGUGGCAAUUCAAAUUCAAGGACCUUUUCCAAGUACAUUUUCAAGCACUAAUAUCUAUUUUCAAGGACCAUCAAUUUGUAAUAGUGCACCUGUUUCUAGUUGACACCAGAUGGCAGUAUAUAUCUCCACAACCUAAUGGAAAAAAUAACUUAGUAUUCAUCACUACCUGACAAGUUCUACUCAAUAAUACGUUGUUUCACUAAUUAUUUACUAAAUACAUGAGUGGUGAGUCAGUACUGAUGAUUUAGUCAUUUCAGUAGUGAUGAGCAGAGUUUUGGGACAUGCCUACUGGUGAAUAACAUUUCCUAUUUGCAUUACUACACAAUUCCAGCUUAAUGACUGUGUUACUACGAAAAAGCAUCUUGCUUCUGACUGGCAGCUUUAGUGUGCCAGUCGGGAGAAAGAGGGGUUGGCUGUGUGAGGAAAACGGUAUGUGAACGGCCAUCAGAAUGGCAGGAGCAAGGCUGACGCUUGAUAAAGCGGAAUAUCGCGGGCGACCUGUGAAUGAGGCGAUUGGCAAAAAAAGCUCUGGAGGUUGUUGCAGAGAAGAAGUCACAUGUAAAAGUGGCGUCAGCGCAGAGUCUUUCCCCCUUCAUGGGUCUCUUCAGGGCCAAUUCUCUCAUGCUCACAAUGUCAAAGUCUGACGCAUUUUUGGCUCCUUACACAGUUUGUGUUGGUUGGGUCCAGUGAUGUAGUGGUGAAAAAAAAGGUGGGUAAACUAUACUGAACAAAAAUAUAAAACGCAACAUGUAAAGUGUUGGUCCCAUGUUUCAUGAGCUGAAAUAAAAGUUGUUGAAUACGCACAAACAAUUAAAUCUACAUUUGCCUGGCAUUUUAGCUAUUGAUGUCACGUUUGGCAGCACCUAACCAGUCAGUUCUGUACCUGCCUGGCUGAGUGGCAGUGUGGGUGGAAUGAGCGAGCGCAAAACACGUGAGGAAAUAAAAGUUGGUAGUCUGCCUGGAAAUUAAUCCCCCCCAUCCCCAAUUUGUUUUAUUAUAUUUUGUUUUUACUCAAAACCUCCCGCGUCAUCCAUAUGAAGGAAAUCCGUUGCAGUGACGAGAACUUUAACCCCUGCCAUACACAAUCUCCCUCUGUGCCACCAUAAAUCACACCGUUCUUCAACUGGUCAUUCAGUACACUAUCGUUUCCACUGAAUUAAAAGUUGAACACCAUUCUGAACUCACUUCUGGUGAUCCAACCUGUGUGAAGCUGAACCCACCUGGAACUCUUCCUUCUUGUCGAAGAAGUGUUUGAGCAGCACCAGCAUGUCGGAGGCGACAGUAGCCACGUCAGUAGCGAAGGCCUUGUCUGUGUCCGUAUAGCUGAAGCCUGUUCCUACCGGGUUAUCAACAAACAAUACACUCGAGUACUGGACCUGCAGGGGCAAAACAAACACACACACCUUAAACACUGACAUCCAGUUUUCAUUGAUGAGCCGUGUGUGUGUGUGUGUGUGAGGUUUACCCAGGAGGUUUUCCUAGGCCCAAGGUCUCUAUCCAGGGGUCCGAUCUCUUCAAAGUUCCCAAAGCCACAGCCUGAUCCUCCCGGGCCGCCCUGGAAUGGAGAGACACAUACCACUAUUAGAGAUGCAUCAUCCAUCCAUCCCUUCCUCCCCCUGCAAGAGUCAAGAUACAUCAGCAUCCAUCCAUCUAUCCUAGAUAGGUAAGACAGUGUUAUAGUGUUUGGCACAGGAGGCUGCUGACGGGAGGACGGCUCAUAAUAAUGGCCAGAAAGGAGUUAUGGAGUUAUCGUUAUCAUUAGCCUGCCCUCCCCAAUUAAGGUGGCACCAACCUCCUGUGGUGUAAGGUUACCCACUUGUAGAUAGGUAAGAGAGUAGUGUAAGGUUCCUCACCUGCAGCCACAUCACCAGAGGCAGCUGGGAGUAGCUGGCGGACGGGCUGUCAGCGUUGUAGAGCCACCAGAACAUAUGUGCCCCCUCGCGCACGUCAACAUAGCCCCAGGAUUCUUUAGAUUGUAAGGGAUUCGAGAACGCUGCAUACAAGAGUUGAGAUUUGGAGACAUUGAAACGGCGUUAUUAAAAAUUCUGCGAUUGGUCUUAAAUGCAGUCCAAUGACAAAAUCCCCACCCCUGACUGCUUGCAGCAGAUGUUGUGGAAUAGCGCUAUGGGGGGUUUCUGAUCCCAGGAAAACGUCAACAUUGUAGUUAGCCAACUUUUGCUUUCACAUUUAUCAGGAAGCAAGAUUCGCAGACAUGAAACCCGAACAAGCAAAGCAAAUGUGUGGAUUUGACCAAUUUGAUUGCUGGAGUCUGAGUCACCGUACUUAGCGGACUAAACUCUGGAGUCACCGUCGUGAUUUCAAGCAUGCUUGGAUGUCGGCGCAGUUAGUAUUCAAAUUGGAAUUUAACAGUUAUUGAAACACCGAUAUAUCGGACACAAUCACUUCACAUAGCUAACUACUUACCUGUAUCAAUUGCCCCGAUAAGCAGCAACACAACGCUGCAAGAGCGUGUUUUUGUCAGCCCCAUCAUCCCGACUUGUUCACAAGAACUUCACAAAGCGACACUUCUCUUCACACUAUCGUCUCAUGUCACACUAUCGUCACAUGUCAGACUUUAGUCACAUGUCAGACUUUAGUCACAUGAUUUACCUAAUCCUCAGCUGACCAGAACGUGGAAAAUAGGCCUUUAGAGCCAAUCAAUGAGCAUUGUGGAGCUAGCCACGCCCACCCUCCACCUUCAAUUGUGUCAAAAUAAAAGUCCAGGGCAAAAUGUCCUGUGAAUUUUCCAAAUUAAAAGACACGGAACACGGGAGAGGUAUAAACAGAAGAUUGACCAAGAAAAAUACAUGUAUUUAUCAAGUCAUAAGAACGCAGUCAUGGUAUUAUACUUCUGCCGGAGGUCAUGAGGGAAUCAAAUUAAUUAAUCAAUCAAUAAAUCCCCCAAAUCAUGUGAAGAGUCAGCAGUCUUGAGCAGUCAGAGUCAGCAGUCUUGACUCGUGACCUGAAGGAAUGAGAUCUGUCAUCUAUUUCUUUGCAGUUUUACUUUAAUGCCUUAUUGCAAACAGGAUGUUUUGGAAUAUUUGUAUUCUGUACAGGCUUCCUUCUUUUCACUCUGUCAUUUAGCUUAGUAUUGUGGAGUAACUACAAUGUUGUUGAUCCAUCCUCAAUUUUCUCCUAUCACAGCCAUUAAACUCUAACGUUUUUAAAUUCUUCAACAUCCGGCUACGGCUUCUAGUCAGAGCGUUUGUUUUUUAAACAGACCGGGAAGUCGCAACGUUUGAAACAAUCCAAAACAAGGAAGGCAAACAGCAACUUCACAUUACAGUUUGGGGAAUAACCAGAUUGUUAAAGAAUAUAUAAGAAAGGAAGUAACUAAGUCCAUAGUUGCCGUAGCUACAGAGGACAGACGAGUCAGCACACUAGUUUACUAAAAACGGCGUCCAGAGAUCUGUCCCCGAAGACGACCUCACCUGUCCAGUUUGCUUCGACAUCUUCAAAGAUCCUGUUGUCCUGGUGUGUAGCCACAGUUUCUGCAAAGCCUGUGUGGAAGAAAGCUGGAGUCAUAGGCAAGGUCGGGAGUGUCCCGUUGGCAGCAAAAGGUCUUCAAUAGCGGGUGAACCCUUCUGUAACCUGCCUCUCAAGAACCUGAGCGAGACCUUCCUACUAGAGAGAAGGAAGGCCAUAUCUGGCUCUGAGGUCGUCUGUAGUCUUCACAAGGAGCAGGCUCUUCUGUCUGGAGGACAAGAAACCUAUAUGUGUUGUUUGUCAGACCACCAAAAACACGACUGCGACCCCAUUUCCACAAGAGUACAAGUAACCAGGACAAACAUAUUUUCACGAUUUGACUAUCAUCGAAAUCAAUUAAUCAUAGCACGUUUUUGGGGCACAUUCAGUCGUUUUUACCUGAUAAUAAAAUAGAAAGCUGUGAAAACGACCCAACAUGUUUCUGAUUUCAUUUCGGCUUGGAUGCAUAUUUUAUAUGGUUGAAAUACUAUCAGCUUUUAUAAAUAGAAAGAAAUCAUAUCUCCACUCCCGUUUCCAAAUAAAAAUGUAGCCUACAUUUGGUGUAUCAAUUUUCUGAAACAAAUGCUUAAUUCAGCAGGAGUUAAUAUUUAGGCUAUGUGAGAGGUUGUAGACCUGCAGCCUCCUGUGACUGUGGAAUGUGUAUAGAGCCUCACAAUCAUCACACAUAACAUAGCCGGCACUGCUAUCAUCCUCUUUUACCACUUCACCAAAUCUUUCCCAAACAUGACUUUUCUGGCCCUCCUCUUUAUAUUCAACUCUCCAUUUCGCAGCUUUUCUCUUAUUGAAUUGAACACAAUAUUUGAUGACCCUAAACCCGCCCGCCCGCGGAUAUAACCAUGGGGACUGCGGGUUGCGAGUCAACCUGUUGCGUCACCAAUGGAGAGACUUUAAAAAUGCUCCAAAGCACAAUUUAAAGCCGGCGCUCUAAACUUGAGUGUCCAGAGGGUCUGUGCAGCAGACUGAACGUUUGACAUCCCUAGUACAAGGUACAGUAGCAUGAAGACAUUCACUGGCUCUACCAUAACAUACAGGUCAUAAAGACAUUCACUGGCUCUACCAUAACAUACAGGUCAUAAAGACAUUCACUGGCUCUACCAUAACAUACAGGUCAUACAGACAUUCACUGGCUCUACCAUAACAUACAGGUCAUAAAGACAUUCACUGGCUCUACCAUAACAUACAGGUCAUAAAGACAUUCACUGGCUCUACCAUAACAUACAGGUCAUGAAGACAUUCACUGGCUCUACCAUAACAUACAGGUCAUAAAGACAUUCACUGGCUCUACCAUAACAUACAGGUCAUAAAGACAUUCACUGGCUGUACCAUAACAUACAGGUCAUAAAGACAUUCACUGGCUGUACCAUAACAUACAGGUCAUAAAGACAUUCACUGGCUCUACCAUAACAUACAGGUCAUAAAGACAUUCACUGGCUCUACCAUAACAUACAGGUCAUAAAGACAUUCACUGGCUGUACCAUAACAUACAGGUCAUAAAGACAUUCACUGGCUGUACCAUAACAUACAGGUCAUAAAGACAUUCACUGGCUCUACCAUAACAUACAGGUCAUGAAGACAUUCACUGGCUCUACCAUAACAUACAGGUCAUAAAGACAUUCACUGGCUCUACCAUAACAUACAGGUCAUGAAGACAUUCACUGGCUCUACCAUAACAUACAGGUCAUAAAGACAUUCACUGGCUCUACCAUAACAUACAGGUCAUAAAGACAUUCACUGGCUCUACCAUAACAUACAGGUCAUAAAGACAUUCACUGGCUCUACCAUAACAUACAGGUCAUAAAGACAUUCACUGGCUCGACCAUAACAUACAGCUCUACUUUUCAUUGUACUGUCAGUUUCAGUGUGGCUAGUUAAUGUUAAACAGUCUCUCUCUCCACUGACAUAAAUAUUUAUAUUUUCAGGAGGAACUGGCGACUGCCCUGAAUAGUCUAUGGAGGAAGCUGGGGACCUGUCUUAAUGCACAACAAGACUUAGAAGGUACCCUUCCUGACCCCAAGCCCUGGUCAGUAUUCCUCGUGGUAGUGGUGAGAUAAGUGCUUUCUAUGUAGCUUACUUAUUAAUGAUGUAGCUUUAUUAUGGCAUUUAAGUCGGUAACAGUUUUCUCCCUGUCUCCAGAGCCAGGCCCAGAACACUGCACAGCAGAUAAUGGGUGAGUUUGAGAAGCUGCAUCAGUUCCUGAGCGAGGAGGAUGCAGUCAGGAUCGCUGCCCUGAAGGACGAGGUUGAGCAGAAAAUGACGGGGAUUCGAGAGAAGAUAGAGGAGAUGGACAGAAACACUCGGACUCACUGA